AUGCUUGGGGAUGAAGUUUUCUUCAAAAAUCCCAACAGGAGAACACUUACGGCAGAAGAAGAAGAAGAACUUCAAAAACUGCAUCCUGUAGAUUUAUUUUUUAAAAUAUCUGGCCAAGAAACCACUGUCGCACAACCACUCACAGCGUCGUUCUAUGAUAAAAUUCAAGAUGUGAAGAAAAGAAUUGAAGCAAAAAUGGGUAUCUCAGUGGAAUCACAGAGAAUCAUAUUCGCAGGCAAACAACUGGAGGAUUUACGCUAUAUUGGCGAUUAUGGUAUUCAAAAAGAAAGUACACUAUGGGUUGUACAAAGGAAGGCGAAUGGCACAUAA